UGAAAUGCACCCAAAUAUACCUUACUGACCAUAUGGCCGACUAAGGCACCCAUUUCUACGGGGUGGUGCUGAAGGAACAGCUCCGAGCGAACGCACUUUCGGUCAGCAGUGAAGGGGAAAAAAUAAUUACAGGUAUUCACUUCUCGAAUGCAGUUGAACAAGUCAUGAACCAACUAUUUGUUUCGUGUCCGAGACCAGGAUUGAAUCGCGACGACAGGGUCAAGUGAGUUAUACCAUGAAGAGGCAAAACGUUCGGACCCUCGCACUAAUAAUUUGCACUUUUUCGUAUUUACUGAUUGGUGCAUCAGUGUUCGAUGCACUAGAAUCCAGGCAAGAAAACAGCCAGAAAAAACAACUGGAUCUGCGCAAAUUUGAACUGCUGCGAAAAUACAACCUGUCCAGAACUGGCUUUGAUGAGCUAGAGAAAGUGGUGCUGCAGUUGAAGCCACACAAAUCUGGGGUUCAGUGGAAGUUUGCCGGAUCGUUUUACUUCGCUAUCACUGUGAUAACGACAAUAGGUUAUGGCCAUGCGGCCCCAAGCACAGAUGCCGGGAAGGCGUUCUGCAUGUGUUACGCCCUCCUGGGGAUCCCCUUGACACUGGUCAUGUUCCAGAGUGUGGGUGAGAGAAUCAACACCUUCGUCCGCUUCCUGCUGCACAAAACCAAGAAGUGCCUGGGCAUGCGGCACACAGAAGUCUCCAUGGCCAAUAUGGUCACCAUUGGCUUUUUUGCCUGCAUGAGCACAUUGUGUGUCGGAGCCGUUGCCUUCUCGCGAUACGAGGGCUGGAGCUUCUUCCAUGCCUACUACUACUGCUUCAUCACGCUCACCACCAUAGGUUUCGGCGACUACGUCGCACUGCAGAAGGACAACGCACUUCAGAAUAACCCGAACUACGUGGCCUUCAGCUUUGUUUACAUCCUGACAGGCCUGACGGUGAUAGGAGCCUUCCUCAACCUCGUAGUGCUGCGCUUCCUCACCAUGAAUGCUGAGGAUGAGCGCCGGGAUAAAGAGGAGCGCGCGCUGUUGUCCAGGGAGAAGAAGAGGGGCCCAGGCCCGGGCACCAUCCCAGGGCACUGCCACCCAGGAUCCGGCCACGCUGCUCCGGUCACCCGGAUGGAUCCCGAGCCCGAGGGCAGGAGGCGCGGUCUGAGGGACGUGUAUGCUGAGGUGCUCCACUUCCAGACAAUGUGCUCCUGCCUGUGGUAUCGCAGCCGUGAGAAGCUGGUGGUACUACCGCAGGACUUGUCCUUCACUGAGGCGCUCAUGGAGCAGGGUGACGUGUCACCCGGGGACUUCUUUGGGCCGGGGGUGAGUGGAUGUGUGUGCAGCCCGCACAGAUGCUCUGCCAUCAGCUGUAUGUCCACUGAUCUGCACAGUAUAACUCCCUUCAGCCUGUGCACUUUAAGACGCAGUUCAGUCUAA